AUGAGGGUACUGAAUAUAAAGCACUUAGAAGUGUGCCUGGAACUUGGCGUUCCUCAGAUAGCUGCCUUCACCCUGUGUGGAUCCAGGCCUUCUGUUAAUCCAGUACUACAGUACUGUGCAUCUGUGUUCUAUCCCAGGCAAGCUGAGUUUUUAAACUCCAAACUUCAGGGAUCUGGCAUGCCAGGGACCCAUGCUGGUUCUCUGAGGGGAGGUCUCACCAUGUUGGGAGUGCUACAGAUUUGUCCCAGAAGGGCAGUUGCACCACAGCACAGGGGUAUGGAAUUUGGUGUAAAGUGUAGCAAAAAGCUGGUGUCCAGUUCCAGGCCCGGCAGGCCUCCUAAGCGUUCUUUGGGAGUGUUUCAGGACAAUGCUCGCCUUCUGCCCCAUUCAGUCCCAGGCCUUUUAUCACCAGGACUUAUCACUCCGACAGGUAUAACAGCUGCAGCAAUGGCUGAGGCAAUGAAGCUGCAGAAGAUGAAGCUUAUGGCAAUGAACACUCUUCAGGGAAAUGGAAACCAAAAUGGGACUGAAUCAGAGCCUGAUGAUCUUAAUUCUAAUACAGGUGAAAGUGAAUCCUCCUGGGAUAAGGAUAAGUUGCAGUCUCCUCUUGCUGCUCCUGGACCCCAACAUGGACUUACUCAUGCAGCCCUGUCUAACCAGCCAGGUCUUGGGGGUGCUUCUACCCUCAAUCCACUGCAGCAGAACAACCUACUGAUCAAUAGACUGGAUCUGCCAUUUAUGAUGAUGCCACAUCCCCUACUUCCAGUCAGCUUACCUCCUGCAUCAGUUGCCAUGGCAAUGAAUCAGAUGAGCCAUCUCAAUACUAUUGCCAACAUGGCUGCUGCAGCCCAGAUUCACAGUCCACUCUCCAGAGCUGGGACCUCUGUUAUAAAGGAAUGGAUCCCAGAGAGUCCUUCUCCUGUUCCCUCUCUGGAAGAUAAUCAUUGUCCUGGGAGUCAAAUUUCCUCCCACCCCAGCAGCAGUGUGUCCAGUUCUCCUUCUCAGAUGGAUCACCAUUCAGAGAGGACGGUCAUGAUGCCCAACAAUAGAGAAGAACUUAUUGUUGAUCAGGAUAAUGGACCCACCAUCAAAAGGGAUAAUAAAGAAGAGGUACCAUUUCAGAUUCCAAUGAUCAAGUCACCCUUGGACAAGAUCCAGUUGACUCCUGGACAGACAUUACCUCCUGGAUUCCCUGGACAAUUCAUUUUUGCUGAUAGUUUGUCCUCUGUGGAGACUCUGUUGACCAACAUUCAGGGCCUACUGAAAGUGGCUUUGGAUAAUGCUCACAUCCAGGAGAAGCAGAUUCAACAAGAAAAAAAGGAACUGCGAAUGGAGCUCUAUAGAGAGAGAGAAAUUAGAGAAAACCUUGAAAGACAACUCGCAGUUGAACUUCAAAGCAGAACUACCAUGCAAAAGCGUCUGAAGAAGGAGAAAAAAGCCAAGAGAAAACUGCAGGAAGCCUUGGAAUUUGAAUCAAAACGCAGGGAACAAGUGGAACAAGCACUUAAGCAAGCCACUACUAGUGAUGGUGACUUGAGGAGGUUGAAAGAUACUGGAAUUCCAGAUAUUGAAAUAGAAAAAAAUGGGACUUCUCAUGAUAGUACCUCUAUUCAAGAUCUACAAGAAGGCAACAAACUGGAUGUGACUGACAAAUCCAUUUGA